CCGCCAUAAACGACAGAUCUGUUGACACCAGUUGUGUUUGAAGUGUGGCUCACUUUUGUUCAAGAUGCUAAUUCAUAUUUAUUAAAAAAAAAUGUGCCACGAAUCCAAGCGCAGGUGAGUUUGAAUCUGACUGCAGGAAAAUGGAGGCGAGGUUCGGCGGCGAGGUGGCGUCGGUGGUGGAAGUCGCGAUCCGGGCGGCCGUGUCUGUUUUCGGGGACGUCUGGACGACAGAGGCGCCAAAUACGGAGUGCAGGGAGGCGAAGCUCGGAGAGAUCCAGGAGAUCGAGAGGAGCCUGGUGCUGCAGAUCCACCGGGUGUUCACCGAGUUCUCCUCGGAGCUGCUGGAGGAAAACGAGGCUCUGAAGGCCAAAGUGGAGCAGCUGGAGGACGUCCUGCAGAGGAAAGCCGGCCAGCUGCAGCAGGAGCUGGAGGCCAGAGUGGGUCAGCUGGGCAGAGACAUGGAGCAGCUGGAGCAGGAGCUGAGGAGCAUCAGUGACGGAGGGAGCAGUAACACACCAAGAGGAGGCCCGACCCAAGUCCUGCUGCAGGAGGACUCUCUGCCAGGAGCUGCCGUGUUGUCAUCCUCCACCAAUCAAGCUUCACCCGCUGCCCCCCUGGCUGCCAUGAUUGAAUCCACCUCGGACUUUCUGAUGGUUUCGGCAGACGACACCAAAGCUGCUGCGACCGAAGCUAAACCUGAGGUGGCUCCGAUGGUGUUUGUGGACAGAGUCAGCUCGGCUCCCACGGUGCUGCUGGUAGAAGCAACACAGGUCGUCACGCAGCCCCCAACGUCAUCAGCGGCUGACUGUGAAAUGACGGAAGAGACGCAACUCAUCCUCAAAACCGCAGCCUCGCCGGGGUCGGCGCCUCAGGACGUCCCCAGUCCAGGCUCCAGCAACGGCAGCGGGGACGACGCAGGGGAGGAAAAGAAAACUGUGGAAGAGGCACCUACAGGGAGAACGAGGAGGACGAGGAGAGCACAUGUUAAAACUGAAAAAGCUUCCACUGAUAAAAGGGCUGAGGAGAACGAGCCGGAGUCCGGUGAAUUUCAAGGACGAACACUGAGAAAAAAAGAGUCACGGGCAGUGAAGCGGUUCUUCUGUGAGCACUGUAACGUCGGUUUUCAUUGGAAAGGUGAACUGAAGAAACACAUGAAGGUUCACAAGAAGCCUUUCCCUUGUGACCAGUGUGACAGAAGUUUCCUGGAGAAGAAGUCUCUUGAAAAUCACCUUACGCGUCACGAGACGCUCAAAGCCCCCCUGCCCUUCCCCUGUCCUCAGUGUAAAAGAUCGUACCGAAAAGAGCAGUCGCUGCAGAAUCACCUCAAGCGUCACCAGGGGCAGAAGCAACCGAAGCCGUUCACCUGCGACCAAUGCGGGAAAACCUUCAGAGUGGAGCAGUCUCUGGAAAACCACCUGUUACGCCACGAGAAGUGGAAGCGAAUGCUGAAGUGCCAGUAUUGCGACAAGACCUGCAAGACGACCGUCCAGUUGAGGUGUCACAUGGUCGUUCACUCGGAGGAAAGACCGUUUAGCUGCGCCACGUGCGGGAAGGAGUUCAAGAGUAAAGACACGCUCCGCUUCCAUCAAAUGGUUCACACCAACGCCAAAAAGUACCAAUGCCAAGUGUGCGACGAGACUUUCAAAUAUGCUCACUCCCUUACGGUGCAUAAGAGGAAACACACGGGCGUCACUCCGUUCAUAUGCACCAUAUGUAACAAGUCGUACAGGACUGGCACAGCUCUGAAAAGACACAGUGUAGUCCACACGGGCGAGAAGCCGUUCACGUGUCAUAUAUGCGGAGCUCAGUUCAGCCUGAAUAACAACCUCAAGAGGCACAUUCGCAUUCACACGGGAGAGAAGCCGUUCACGUGUCAGGAUUGCGGCAAGAGCUUCUCGGACAACAACAAGCUCAAGUCUCACAUGCUCAUUCACGGCGCCAGAAAGCCGUUCAUGUGCGACCUGUGCGGGAAGACCUUCCUCUUCAACUGCAGGCUUUUGAUACAUCAGAAGUACGUGCACGCCGACAGGAACGAGGAAACGGAUGGCACGCUCAGAUUCUUCCAGACCAGGCGUAGAAACAAGUCAGCGGUUAAACCGUACAGCUGCAAAAUAUGUCUGAGGAGUUUCAGCGCCGCCUGCUCCCUCAAACUCCAUGAAAAAGGCCACAGCGAGCACAAGGAGUUCAACUGCGGCAUAUGCGGGAAGGCUUUCCAUAACAAAUACUCGUUUGGUUAUCAUCAGAGAAGCCACUCGGGGGAGAAGCCAUUUGUUUGCGAAGUGUGCGGGAAGGGGUUUUUCCACGCCGGCAGCCUGAAGCAGCACGAGCGAAUACACACCGGCGAAAAACCGUACAAGUGCGACCAGUGCGGCAAGGCCUUCAGAACCGAUGGAAACUUCUACAGACACUUGAGGAUCCACACGGGCGAGAAACCGUUCGAAUGUUUGUACUGUCACAGGAAGUUCCACCAGUCAAACCAGCUUAAGUCCCACAUGCAGGUCCAUACCGGCCAGAAGCUCUACUCCUGCCAGCAGUGUGGCCGAGGCUUCUCCGAUUCGAGACAGGUGAAGAAGCACAGCUGCGACGGCUCAUAGUGACUCUCAGCUGAUUGACCAAUGGGACGACUUGCGUUAAUCUAAAAGUCCUAAAUGAAGCGGCAGUUUGUUGUGUUAAGGGACACAAAGUGAUGUGUGUGGUCCGGUGCCUUUAAACUCAAAUUAUCAGUCAGCUGAUCAAGCGUGCCACUUCCAUUUUUACGUUCUGUUGUUAAGAGCUUGAACAAUUUGCUCAAUCUGGCUAAUUGAAAUUGAAUUUAUCUGCUCCAAAUUUGAGAAUAUGUUCCAUAGUUGCAGUUAUUCAGUGAAAAAAUACAAAAUAUUUGCUUGUGAUUACGUCACAAUGUCAAAGGGAUUCUUGUUUGUCUUCAUAUACACGUAUUAACUGAUAACUUAGUUUGGUAAGUUUUGGCUGUUGGCCAGCAUCAAUUAAGAGUUAAGGGAAUAAGGAAAAAUAAUUAUUACUAAAACUAGUCGCAGCUAUACUAUCAUUCAGAGUAUUUGCAGUAGGAGUUAGCAUCGCUCAUGGCAUUACAAUGUAGUAUAGCACAAUAGUUUAUGGUGUGUAUAGUUGGAAAAAAACAACCCAAAUAUGACUGUUUACCUUUAUAGAAAAUUGUGGCCAUUUUAAAAAUCCCAAGUUACACAUGUGAAACACAAAAAACAGAAGUAAUGAAGUAAGACGCCUCUGUAAAUGUUCUGAUGAUACAUGCAGCAAAAAAAAGGCCAGCGUCCUGAUUUCGAGAGGCGUUACAGGAUUUAUUUUCAUAUACUGAAAUUCUCUUUUACCAGUUGAGUUGAUAUUAACAAGGGUGGUCUUUUUUAUUUUUAUUUUUAUGUUGUAAUUUGAAGACUUCCUAAGCUAUUUUGCAUUAAUUUAUGUUGUUUGGCUACAUAAUGAAUACAUUGAAAUGCCAUUUGAGGUGUGAUUUAUUUUUUUUCUCAAAGUAAUAACAUAAAUUGUAAAACAGAUUUUGCU